AUGGAACGCUCCCAUUUCAGGACGCCUACGACAGACGCUGCCAUCACUGGCACUGUCCCGGCUGUACUGGCGUCGGCGGCAACCAUCCUCCUGCGGCUUGCACCUGUGACAGCCCUGGGGUCCCGCCCGGACCCCCCACAAACCACAUUCCAACCACCACUGGUGGCUACCCUCACCGUAUCCACCGCCACCAUCACCAUUCAACUCGCCACCAGCCCCCUGCCCGCCGCCGCACCCCAGUCCCUCCCCCUGUCCCACACAACAGCCUACCUCCAGCGCGCCGCCGCCCGCCCCAACACCGUCACCUUCGCCCAGGCCUUCCCGCCGCCUACCAGCAUUCCCAUGUCGGACGCGAGCGCUGCCCUGGCGCGCCUGCGGCUCGAUUACUCUGCUGGAGGGUGGCGGGAGGAGGAGGAGGAGGACAGGGAUGGGGAUGGGGAUUGGGAUGGGGAUGCGGAUGGGGAUGGGGAUAUGGGUGGCGGUUAUGGGUGGUGUUAA